UUUGUGGUCAAGAAGGAAAUAGACAUCCUCCUUUCGCUCCUUUGAGUAAAGAGGGUGAGGUCUGACUUAUGUCAUUAACCAAUGACACAGAGGGGAGAGACUGAUUUUCAGAGAAAAAGACAAGCCAAGCAGACACACUCUGAAGAUUUUUGUUCCAAACCAGAAGAGAGUUUCCCUGAUUUUCAAARGUUUAGGCUGACRGCCUGGAGAAAAAGUGGAUUUUUUCUUUCUCUGACAAAARGAUUUCUGCAGUCAUGACUUCAGCUCUGUGUAGCUGCAUGACCAGCAUCCUGACCUACGAAACCUACAAGUCUGUGGUGGUGAGGAGCUGGCCUUUAGGGAUCAUACAUCGACUGCUGCAGCUACUCAUCAUCUCGUAUUUUGUUGGCUACGUCUUCCUCCAUGAAAAAGCUUACCAGGUGGCCGACACAAACAUCGAGUCCUCAGUCGUAACCAAAGUGAAAGGAUUUGGCAAACUUAACAACGCUGUGAUGGAUGUAGCUGAUUAUAUCUACCCUCCUCAGGGCGAAGGCGUGUUUAGCAUCAUUACUAAAAUCAUAGAGACGGACAACCAGUUCCAAGGAAGAUGUUCAGAGGUUUGGAACAUUUCUGACAUCAAGCCAAUGCCCGAGUUUGUGAACUUCACCAUUUACAUCAAAAACAGCAUUCGUUUCCCCUUCUUCAACGUCACCAGAGGAAAUUUUAAUUCAACAAAAGAUAUCAGGACUUGCAAGUAUGACAAGAUCAGAGAUCCGCUCUGUCCCAUCUUUCAAGUGGAUUAUAUUCUGAAUGAAACUCGGCAGAAUGUGACUCAGCUGGCAGACAAGGGUGGUGAAAUAGGAAUAAUCAUACAGUGGAGGUGUAACCUGGACCAUGAUGUUAACUUCUGCGUUCCUAAGUACUCUUUCUCUAAACUGGACGCUCCGUUUCAAAAUUCCAACCUCUCCAAAGGUUACAACUUUAGAUUUUCUAAAUACUACAAGACAGAAGGUGGAACUGAUUAUCGGCGUCUUCACAAAGCAUUUGCAAUUCGUUUUGACGUUAUAGUGACCGGCACUGCAAGAAAGUUCAGCUUAAUUCCAACAGUGAUCAAUGUGAUCGCAGCUGUCACCUCAGUUGGGAUGGGUACGGUUUUCUGUGAUCUCAUCUUACUGCACUGUUCGAAAAGAUCACAGUACUAUAAAGCAAAGAAGUUUGAGGAGGUGUCAGAAGAACAGAUUCAUGAAUCCCUCACUCCAAAACCAGGAAGCCAGCUGUCAGUCAGACGAGGAAACAGCAGCUGCAAUGACUCUGGAGCCGUAUCCCUCGCCACCAAUUGUUGAUGAUAGGAAUCUGAAAGAAACUGGACAAACUUCAAUAGUUUUUCUCUCUUCACCCUUGUAACACAUUUUUACCAGUAACRCAUUCUUACCAUUUUCUCCAGCGGUCAGGAUUUCGUAGGUGGUUGUAGGUUUAUUAGRGCGGGUAAAAUUGAUCAACAUUCCCUUCAACUUUAGUUAGCGACAAACCAAAAUUGUUUUUUUUUUUUUUUUUUGCAAUGUACAAUUUUGAAAUCGGAGAAGGAAAAUUGUAGAAGCUUUUUAAAAAGUUUUCCACACAUAACAAUAUGAAAAGUUGCUAAUGUUUUCAACCUCCCACGGGUUGCCUUGACAACCAGCUUUUGCCGCAAUAACAGCUGCUCCUACAUCAAAAGUACAGGAAAAAGGGACGUUUUUAUUCACAAAAUAACUAAAGCUCAGUUAGGCUGGAUGGAGAAUAUGCUGGAAUAGCUAUCUUCAGUCCCUGCCACAGAUUCAUGUGUGGGCUUUGAUUGCUUUUCUUCAGUUUGRUUGAAUUAAGUUGCACAUCUAUGGCUUCUGUUUACUAAUCAUGCGACUUCUGAAGGCAAGAAAUUGUGUCAGAUUUUCUUUUUGCUGAUCCUAGUAAAACACGUAAAAGUUUGUGGACUUUUAACAGGACUAACGCGAAACAUUUGAGGGCGUAUGAAUAUUUAGAAAAUCUGAAUCAUAGGAUGUGAGUGAGUGUAAAAUGGCCAUUGUCGUUCAUCGGUUUCUUAAGUCCUUUUUUGGUACAAUAAUGUGUCGCAUUUUGUGUGUCUGUUAAGAUUAUAUAAUAAAAAAAAUCAUAUUUUGUUUGUCAUUUUCAGCUUAGAAGUUUGUUAUUUAUAUGUUGUUGUUUUUUGGCAAUACAACAAAAUGUCUGUGAUCUCAAAUAAAGACUUAAUGUAUCUUACUGUA